AUGCAAUUUCCCAUCAUCCUUCUUGCCCUGGCAGCAACAAGUUCUGCCAUCGACAUCCUCGGAUUUGGUGGAUCCACCUACGUUGCCGAACACUGUAAAAACAGUGACACCAUUGUGGUAUCAUGGAGAGGCGUCCAAGCAGACACGUGCUAUAGCUCGAGCACUUCGUUGGCGGCCAUGCAAUUCGUAGCCAUCCCUAAGACGUGGCAUAUCAUCACCAGAUCAUACAGCGCCCUCAGCUGUCCCAGUAAUACAAAGCUCCAAGAUUUCCACUCGAAUGGCAAUGAUCAGGUGUGCCAUGGCUCAGCCAAGGGAGAAAUCAGAUAUCGAGGCGCAGGCUACAGCUUCGAGCCCACGAAGAGAUCCGAGCAGAACGACAGCAACGAUCUCGAGAAUGCCAAUGGAACCAAGAAAAGCUGCGUUGGACCAGAUCGUGUACAUCUGAUUGACGGACAAGAGUAUGCUGUUACUGGCAUCGACGAUGCGAUUGUUGCAGAGAUGUAA